GCAUCGCCAUGAGAGCCUGAGCGACAGGACCAGCAGAACGACACCGAGAACCAUCGUUGCUUUCGAGCCAUGAAUAAUGAACAGCCCCGGGGUCCCACUGUAGGUCGAUGAAUCGCACCAAGAUGCCGCCGGAGCUGACUCGCACUCGAAAGGAAGAUGGAGGGGCAGAUACGGACGCCUACAAUAAGCUAGAGGUCGUCAUCUCGCCGGAUUGUAGUCACCGUCGCAAGUCGUCGUUAGUCAUGGCCAAUGAGUCCGGCAAGAUCCCGCAUCUGGAUCGCCCCGACGAGAAAACCGCCUGCUUCGUGCAUUCGCUGAUCGCAGGAGAAUGGGUAGAUCCGUCGGUCCACGCUCGAGAUGCACAGGAUCGCGCGGACCUUGGCCAUGAGGAAUUCAUUAUCGGCGAUGGCGUGGAGGACAACGACGUGAUCGUCACAGAUACGGGAGACGAGCGCACAAGGACCGCCCAAACGGUGGUGCACUCGCGCCACCUGACGAAGAAGCAGCUAUCGGAUAUGGCCUGGAAUGUGCGCAAACUGUCCAAGAAGCUGGACAGCAUCAAGCUCAAGCUCUCCGUCAAGAACGUCUUCCUGGUGACCAAGGCGGGAGACGAGACCGUCAUCGGCCACACGCGGGAAAUUGUGCGGUGGUUUCUCUCGAGUGAUCGCGACACUAAGUACCAUGUCUACGUGGAGAAGCGAUUAGAGUCCGAGCCGGAGUUUGCGGCGUCGAAGUUGCUCCAGGAGGAACCCUCUGCCGAGGGCCGACUGAGGUACUGGGAUACUGACUUUGCGCAUGAACAUGCCCAUUUGUUUGAUUUUGUCAUUACCCUGGGAGGAGACGGCACGGUUCUAUAUACGAGCUGGCUAUUCCAGCAUGUUGUACCGCCAGUGCUCUCUUUCUCGCUGGGGUCCUUGGGAUUCCUGACCAAGUUCGACUUCAAUCACCAUCAGAAGACACUCGAAACGGCCCUCAAGGACGGCGUGGCCGUUAGCUUAAGACUCAGGUUUGAAUGCACGAUCAUGAGAAGCAACCCGCUUCCGCAGGGGUCAGGGAAUGUCAAGCGAGAUAUGGUGGAAGAGUUGAUCGGUGAAGAAACCGACGGCACGUUAACGCAUAAGCCGGAUAAGGUUGUUCAGAUCCUGAAUGACGUUGUUCUCGACCGGGGACCGAAUGCCACAAUGUCAUCCAUCGAGUUGUUUGGUGACGAUGAACACUUCACCACGCUUCUGGCAGACGGGGUUUGUGUAGCGACUCCGACAGGAUCUACGGCAUAUAACCUGGCUGCCGGGGGCUCUCUUUGCCAUCCUGACAACCCGGUAAUCCUCGUCACUGCUAUCUGCGCCCACACGCUGUCUUUCCGGCCGAUCAUCCUGCCGGAUACCAUUGUUCUACGGAUGGGAGUGCCAUACGACGCACGGACAAGUUCGUGGGCCAGCUUUGACGGGCGAGAGAGAAUCGAGCUACGCCCGGGAGAUUACCUGACCGUGUCGGCAUCACGAUAUCCCUUUGCGAACGUUCUUCCUCAGAAUCGACGCGGCAACGACUGGGUGCAAAGUAUCUCCAAGACACUGAAUUGGAACUCUAGACAGAAACAGAAGAGUACAAAGUAGCAGGUAGACCGGUCUAUCAUCAGCAGUUUUGAGGUUUACUAUACUAAGUGUAAAUGUGUAAUUGAUUUAUGUUUUCAUAGUGCGCAUAGCAGGUCUAUUGGGGAAUUGAUAUAGAAAGAAAAAAUCCAUGCAAGGGUAAAAAUGCAUGGGCCCGUU